AUGCCUGCCAAGGCCAAGGCUGCGAAGAGGAAGCCUCUGACCUUGGCGCAACUCGCCAGCUACGACGACAUCUUGACCGAUGCCCUUGUUGACCAUGCCUUUUACUGGACCACCAUCCCCAAGAACCGUUCCUCCUACCACCCGUCCAGGGGUGUCCGAGAAGAGGAGAUAAGCAAAAUCAUCCAGUCGGAGAUUGUCCUCAACAAGGACCUCGCUGCCGCCGAAAGUAGGUUGCUCGCCACCGACGGCCUGAGCAAAUUCUACAAUGGCCUCAGGACGGACAAGGAGAAAGCCGACUUUCGCGGCCAUCUGCGGCGAUACAUGCAGAUCUAUCUCCCCGAUUCCCCCUGGGAGGUUAAUUCGACCAACCGGUACACCAUUGUAUCGCACGAAGCUGCCAUCACCGCACGUCGCUUCAUUAAGAGGAACGAGACCAUCAAGUACCUCGCCGGCAUCCAAGUCGUCAUCACGCCUGAAGAGGAGCGUGAGAUGACGGCGCGGAAGAAGGACUUCAGCAUCGUCGUCUCGUCCCGGAACAAGUGCGCCAGCCUGUUCAUGGGCCCUGCCCGCUUCGCUAAUCAUGACUGCAAGGCCAAUGCCAAGCUUGUGACGACGGGUCAGGCCGGCAUUGAGAUCAUUGCCACCACCAGCAUCGACGUCGGCGAGGAAAUCACCGUCACCUACGCCGAGAAUUACUUUGGUCCGAACAACUGCGAAUGCCUUUGCAAGACAUGCGAAGAUCGCCAUGUCAAUGGGUGGGCCAGUACAGACCAGUCGCAGUCGGUCAAGCCCAGCAUAGAAGGUGAGGGUGCGCCGACGCCGACCGAGGAAUACUCGUUGCGUCGUCGGAGGCGGGACGAUAGCGUCGACCGCGCCUCGCGCACCCUCACCCGCACCCCUGCGCUUACCCCAGAUAUGCGCCCGCGCAUUUCCAAGUCGCGCCCCUCUCGAAAGUCGAGCAACCGAGACUCCCUCACCAGCGAUGCCAGCAAUCUCAACGCCGGCAAUGCUCACUUUACCGGCAAUGGUAUUAUAGCCGCCAACUCGCCCAUGCUUCCGCCACCUCCUGCCUUCACAAAUAAACGUACAGCCACCGAUGCCAUCAUUACGCCGCCUUUCACGCCCUCGAAGAAAUUGAAACUAUCGGAGUCGCAGUCGGCUCCCAUCCCCCUCGUCCUCGGAGGCUCCCGGAGUAGCUCUUCUUCGCAAUCGGCCCGUAGUUCUUCGCUUGCCCCAGGUGAUAGCGGGCCCUCCACAGACAUCACAUCGCCAGAUCACGAGAGCCCCGAUCCUCUCGUUAUCUAUUCACCCAGGCCAAUGGAAGUCCCACGGAAAAUCUCCGUUCUCAAGCAAGAGGACUCGGAUGAUUCGGCGGACGAUGUCCUAUCUCAGAUGACCAUGUACCACAGGCCGCGCGAAACAUCCAUCAUGGAUCGACGGCCUGACCGACCAGUAAGGCCUGUUCCCGUCUCUGUUUCGGUUCUUCUUUCUUCUCCCGAGUUUUCCGGCCACAUGGCGACGCCGCCAUCCAGCCAAGAGUCGGCCUGCUUGGCUUGUGAGGAGGACUCGACCACGCUUGCUCUCAAUGCUCCCACCGUCGAACCCAUCGUCGACCCUGCUCCGACUAUUGUCCAUGUCGAGACCGUAGAGACGACAGAGGAACAAGAAAACGAAAAGGACGACCAAGGGAAACAAAGCAUGACGUCUACGCGGGAAGGAUCUGGGAGGAAGCGGAAGUAUCAGAAGAGGCGAUUUAUCAAGGAAACCACGCCGCCUGCUCGUAAUCGGGUACCCGGAGAUUACACACUAACGCCGCUCCUCCUCUCAGAGCCCGAGAUGGCGUGGAUCCGAUGCAUGGUGUGCGAGAAAGCCUUCGUCCAAGCCAACGCCUAUUUCACCAAGAGCUCUUGCCCUCGCUGCGAGCGGCACUCCAAGCUCUACGGCUACGUCUGGCCGAAGACGGAGAAGGCCGGUGCUCGGGACAAGGAGGAACGGAUCCUCGACCACAGGAUGAUCCAUAGAUACCUGGAUCCCGAGAGCGAGGCCAAGAUCCGCGGUCGCAAGAGGCCGUCGUCGGUGCAUGUAUCGAAAGCGGAGGAGACUACCACCCCGACCAUGUCUGACGAGCACCAGCCGGCGACGAAGCGUAGGGCCGUGGCUAGGGAUGAGCCUGGCGGGUCGGAAUCUCCUGCGUCCGCUGUCCGUCGUAGUGGACGGGCCAGGAGGGUGAGUAGCAGGAUCGCCGCUUUCUGA